ACAAUGGAGGCCGCACACUCCAAGUCCACAGAGGAAUGUUUGUCCUAUUUUGGGGUGAGCGAGACCACAGGCCUUACCCCAGACCAAGUAAAGCGGCAUCUGGAAAAAUACGGCCCCAAUGAGCUCCCUGCUGAGGAAGGCAAGUCCCUGUGGGAGUUGGUGGUGGAGCAGUUUGAAGACCUGUUGGUGCGCAUCCUUCUGCUGGCCGCCUGCAUUUCCUUCGUGCUGGCCUGGUUUGAGGAAGGGGAAGAGACUGUCACGGCCUUCGUUGAGCCUUUUGUCAUUCUCUUGAUCCUCAUUGCCAACGCCAUUGUCGGGGUUUGGCAGGAACGGAAUGCAGAGAAUGCCAUCGAGGCUCUGAAAGAAUAUGAACCUGAGAUGGGGAAGGUCUAUCGGGCUGACCGAAAGUCAGUGCAAAGGAUCAAGGCCAGGGACAUUGUCCCUGGCGAUAUUGUGGAGGUGGCUGUGGGGGACAAAGUCCCAGCAGACAUCCGCAUCCUCUCCAUCAAAUCCACCACCCUCCGGGUCGACCAGUCCAUCCUGACAGGGGAGUCUGUAUCUGUCAUCAAGCACACAGACCCUGUCCCUGACCCUCGAGCCGUAAACCAGGACAAGAAGAACAUGCUCUUCUCAGGUACCAACAUUGCAGCCGGCAAGGCCGUGGGCAUCGUGGCCACCACUGGUGUGAGUACUGAGAUUGGCAAGAUCCGAGACCAAAUGGCUGCCACUGAGCAGGACAAGACACCACUGCAGCAGAAGCUUGAUGAGUUUGGGGAGCAGCUGUCCAAGGUCAUCUCCCUCAUCUGUGUGGCUGUCUGGCUUAUCAACAUUGGACAUUUCAACGACCCUGUCCAUGGGGGCUCCUGGUUCCGGGGGGCCAUUUACUACUUCAAGAUUGCUGUGGCCUUGGCUGUGGCAGCCAUCCCAGAAGGGCUACCUGCUGUCAUCACCACCUGCUUGGCCUUGGGUACCCGCCGGAUGGCAAAGAAGAACGCCAUCGUGAGGAGCUUGCCCUCUGUGGAGACCCUGGGCUGCACCUCUGUCAUCUGUUCUGACAAAACAGGAACCCUCACCACCAACCAGAUGUCGGUUUGCAAGAUGUUCAUCAUUGACAAGGUGGAUGGGGAUGUCUGCUCGCUGAAUGAGUUCUCCAUCACAGGCUCCACCUAUGCUCCUGAGGGAGAGGUCUUGAAGAAUGAUAAGCCAAUCCGAGCAGGGCAGUAUGAUGGGCUGGUGGAGCUGGCCACCAUCUGUGCCCUCUGCAAUGACUCCUCCUUGGACUUUAAUGAGACCAAAGGUGUCUAUGAGAAGGUGGGCGAGGCUACAGAGACAGCCCUCACCACCUUGGUGGAGAAGAUGAAUGUGUUCAACACUGAAGUGAGGAGCCUCUCUAAAGUGGAGAGGGCCAACGCCUGUAAUUCGGUGAUCCGCCAGCUAAUGAAGAAGGAAUUCACCCUGGAAUUCUCCCGAGACAGAAAGUCUAUGUCUGUCUACUGUUCCCCAGCUAAGUCGUCUCGGGCUGCUGUAGGAAACAAGAUGUUUGUCAAGGGUGCCCCUGAGGGGGUCAUCGACCGCUGCAAUUAUGUGCGUGUUGGCACAACCCGUGUGCCAUUGACGGGCCCGGUGAAGGAAAAGAUCAUGUCAGUAAUCAAGGAGUGGGGCACUGGUCGGGACACCCUACGAUGCCUGGCCCUGGCCACCCGGGACACACCCCCCAAGCGAGAGGAGAUGGUUCUGGAUGACUCGGCCAAGUUCAUGGAGUAUGAGAUGGACCUGACAUUUGUUGGUGUUGUGGGCAUGCUGGAUCCACCCCGCAAGGAGGUCACAGGCUCUAUCCAGCUGUGCCGUGAUGCUGGGAUCCGAGUGAUCAUGAUCACCGGGGACAACAAGGGUACAGCCAUUGCUAUCUGCCGACGAAUUGGCAUCUUUUCGGAGAAUGAGGAGGUGACAGAUCGUGCCUACACUGGCCGAGAGUUUGAUGAUCUGCCCCUGGCUGAGCAGCGGGAAGCCUGCAGACGCGCCUGCUGCUUUGCCCGUGUCGAGCCCUCACACAAGUCCAAGAUUGUUGAGUACCUGCAGUCCUAUGAUGAGAUCACAGCCAUGACAGGGGAUGGUGUCAAUGAUGCCCCUGCCCUGAAGAAGGCCGAGAUUGGCAUUGCCAUGGGAUCUGGUACUGCUGUGGCUAAGACCGCCUCUGAGAUGGUCCUAGCUGAUGAUAACUUCUCCACCAUCGUGGCUGCUGUGGAGGAGGGCCGCGCCAUCUACAACAACAUGAAGCAGUUCAUCCGCUACCUCAUUUCCUCCAACGUGGGCGAGGUGGUCUGUAUCUUCCUGACAGCCGCCUUGGGGCUGCCCGAGGCCCUGAUCCCUGUGCAGCUGCUAUGGGUGAACCUGGUGACUGAUGGGCUCCCUGCUACGGCCCUGGGAUUCAACCCACCUGACCUGGACAUCAUGGACCGUCCCCCCAGGAGUCCCAAGGAGCCUCUCAUCAGUGGCUGGCUCUUUUUCCGCUACAUGGCAAUUGGGGGCUAUGUGGGUGCAGCCACUGUGGGAGCAGCUGCCUGGUGGUUCUUGUAUGCAGAAGAUGGGCCUCAUGUCAGCUACCACCAGCUGACUCACUUUAUGCAGUGCACUGAGCACAACCCUGAAUUUGAUGGCCUGGACUGUGAGGUCUUUGAGGCCCCUGAGCCCAUGACUAUGGCCUUGUCUGUGUUGGUGACCAUUGAGAUGUGCAAUGCUCUCAAUAGCCUGUCUGAGAACCAGUCUCUACUACGGAUGCCGCCCUGGGUGAACAUCUGGCUGCUGGGUUCCAUCUGCCUGUCCAUGUCCCUCCACUUCCUCAUCCUCUAUGUUGACCCCUUGCCGAUGAUCUUCAAGCUCCGGGCCCUGGACUUUACCCAGUGGCUCAUGGUCCUCAAGAUCUCACUUCCAGUCAUUGGCCUAGACGAGCUUCUCAAGUUCAUUGCUCGGAACUAUCUGGAGGAUCCAGAAGAUGAAAGAAGGAAGUAACCAGCCCUUUUGCCCUGUCCUCCCCACCCUAGCAACGCAUCUUCAGCCAGAGCUGAGACACAGACCCUUCUUCUCCCCCAAUUCUGUUUAUAAACAAAGUUCCCUGCCCCUCUGUUCCUCUUCAGCAACCUGCCCUCCCUCUGAACCUUGUAAAUCCCCUUCCCAACCUCAUGGGGCUGGCAGGGACAAGGCGGCUGACUGAGCUGAGCUGCUUAUUUAUUGAAAAUAAAUGACAGA